AUGCAGGGAAUCGAAAAUAAUUUUCUCCCAAAAAGUUUAAUCUAUGAAGAUAUCAAUAAGACACCUAUUAAAUAAGAAAAUUGGUGUUUUUCAAUAGCAAUUAACAACGAAAAUUCUUUAAUACUAGUUGGUUGCGGUAAUUGGAUAAAAGUUUAUUAGGUGAAAUAAGAAAAAGUAAGACUUAUUCAUUACUAUUUAACUCCAAAUAGAGUUAUUAUUGUUAUCUUUUUCAAAUUUAAUUUCUUAUUCGCAUCUAGUUCUGAAGAUAACUCCAUCAUUAUAUGGUCACCAUAUUUUAAUCAAAAAUCAAAAUUUCUAAUGAAACUAAGAGGGCAUUCUAAAAAUAUUUAAUGUUUGGUUCUACAUCCAAUUGAUGAUUAGAUGUUAAUUACUGGUUCAUAUGAUUCAAAAAUAAAAUUCUGGUCAUGUUAUAAUAAAUCCAAUAUAUUAAGUGGAAAUUGUUUAUAAACAAUAACUGAGCAUAGCAGUCAUGUUUAUGGAUUAUCAAUAAAUUAAAAUGGAAAUAAAUUGAUUUCCUGUGGUCUAGAUAAUUUAAUUUUGGUGAUGGAACGCAUAAAUUAAGAUUCUCAUUGGUCAGUUAAAUAAAAAAUAAAAGUAAUACGAUAUGGAUUUCGAAUUGCUUUUGUCAGUGAUUUAGUAUUAGUCUUUCUUCCUCAAUCUUCAUCACAUUUGAAAAUAUAUACAUUAAAUCCUAUUGAUAAUGAAUAUAGUAACUCUGAAGAUGUAGUAAUUGAUGGUGGGAAUUCAUUCUGUAAUCAUUACUUCCCGAUAUAAUAUUGUUAAUAAAAAAAGUUAAUGUUAAUAAAAAAUGGAAAUUGUUUGAAUUUUGUGAGAGUAAUUUUGCCUUUUAAAGAUAAUAAUAAUACUUAAAAAGUAGAGAUAAUUUCAAUUAGCAGAUAUAUUUUUAAAAUGAGAAAAGCCUAGAUUUUCGUUAUUAUUAAAUUUAUGGUACAUUAAGUAAUGAUGGAAAUUAUCUAAUAUUUUGGCUAAAAUCAACGAAUGAAAUUUAAAUAUUAAAGCAUAUUAAGAAUUUUGAGUGAUAUUUUAAUUAUUAAAAAAAUAGUUUAUGUUUAUAAUAUUAAAAUAAUUUUAAUAAAUAAAUUUUGA